CACAAUGCAUAUUAGUUUUAUUUUUAAAUUUAAAAAAUUUAAAUUAUUCUACUUAAAAAUGAUUAUUUGGUUUAUACAUUAAUGGAGAAUUUUUCAUUUGAUCGUAUUUUUAACAAAAUCUCCAGAAUUCUUGACUCAUAUAUCGUACCUGAAUACAGACUAAGAAUCUUUAUAAUCUAUGGAACUCUCCUAGUUUUAUCCAUUAUAAGGCUAAUUUUGGGAAGACCUUUUUUGGAAGUCGGAUUAAAACUCUGCUCGAGAUAUUCACGCUGCAUAACUUUCGUUAGGUCCAGCAGAAGCUCUACAUUAAGGCUUAUACGUACUUUUUACUUUAUCUUUUCAAACGUGUUUCCUCUGCUCUUCCCCUUCAUUAUCGCAUCUUUCGUUCAGCUUAUAACUCCAAGCUUCCGAGAUACUGAAAUUUACGAUUAAUAUACAUGACAAAUUGUA